AUGAGCAAGUCAACAACGGAGCUACUGCAAAGCCAUCUCUCUGAGGCCGACAUUCCCUUUGCCGUUCCUGGCUCAAGUGAGUUUGUAUCCCUGCAAACGAGCUACACCGGCCGACAUGAUGAGGCUCGUCCCAAGGUCAUCACUAGACCCCAGUCCGCCGAGCAAGUGGCUACUAUUAUCAAAUCAUGUUUGAGUCUUAAGCUGGACCCAGUGGUUCGUGGUGGCGGGCAUGAUAUGUUCGGGCGCUUCUCGGCCCUCGACGCCGUAAGCAUCGACCUACGCGAUCUCGACACGAUCACUAUAUCGCCAGAUAAAAAGACAGCAAGAGUGGGAGGAGGGGCGAUAAAUUAUCGGGUACUCGAAGUCUUGAGCGAGCAUGGACUGACAGCUCCCGCGGGAUCCUGUGGCACAGUCGGUUUUGUGGGAUGGUGUCUUGGGGGUGGAUUUGGUCCUUAUGUCCACUCGUACGGACUUGGAGCCGACCAGAUUAUCGGUGCCCGAGUUGUUCUGGCCAAUGGGGACCUGGUGGAAGCCGAUGCUCGACUACUCAAGGGUCUGCGUGGGGGCGGCGGGAGUCUCGCCAUCGUUGUCGAGUUGGAGGUCAAGACGUGGCCGCUCUGCGAGGUAUGCACGGGGAUGCUCUUCUUCGAGUCAUCUGACAUUGCCGGUGCUGUAACCGCCUUUUUCACCAACUACAACAACCUCGUAAACACGUACAAGGAGAUUCCCAGCAAGCUCUAUCUGAUGCCGUCGAUCUGGAUCUACCCGAAUGUCGGACUCUCUCUUACUUGCGGUUUCAUCUGGAACGGGUCUGCGAGCGACGAGUCUCGUCUGUGGCUGGAGCGAGUGGGCAAACUUGCACCUCUCUCACCUAAUAUCUCGGAUGUGCACUCAACCGUCAUAAACACGAAUGCGCUGGGCUUCGCAACCAUGGUGAAAGACAUGAUCCCCGCUCAGGUUCUAGGCCGUUGCCAGUCAGCAGACAUCUCCCACUUCUCACCCGAGGUGGUGGAUGAGCUGGCCCGAAUUGCCCACGCCAUCCCCCGCGACAGCUCCGGUGGUGUCAACAUCCACACACUCCGUGCCGACAGCCCAUCCUGCAAGCCCGACACGCCGGACUCAGUUCUCCCGUACCGAAAACCCCACGUGAUGUUCGAGUUCCUGGGCCUCGGAGAUGACGAGGCCUCGGCACGGGGCGCGGCAGCUUGGGCGUUGGAUGCACGUAAUAGAAUCUCAGCACUUCCAGAUGCAGAAGGUCGCACGUAUCUACCCUUGACCGCCCCCGAGUUCGUCGACCUGGAGACAACCUUUGGAGGGUAUCUGGCAGAGCUGCGGCAGCUGAAACGGGAGUAUGACCCGGCGGGGGUUUUUAAGCAUACACUACCAAAGCUCGUAUGA